GGUCAACAUCCAAAGAAGCUGGCGUUCACAAUGGCGUCCAAGAAGACAUCCGGCACCUCUUGCGCCAUCGUCCUGCUGCCGUCCUGCAGCACGUCGCCAAUCUCUGUAAGCUUUGUGCCUCAUCAGUGCUAUGUUCUACACGCGCUAUGGUUCGCCUCUUGGUGGCGAGUCACGACUUCAGUCCCCUUCACAUGUUCAGGUGUUGGGGAGAGGUUCGUUCAUUCAAAAAUGUGUUCUACUCAGUCGUACUCCCCUUCUGCUCCAUCUGUCGCUCUAUUGAACGCCAGAUUGACUUGUAUAUACGCAUCUGCUUUGUCCCGCCGGUCUGGAAGCCUCCAAGAGUUCUCGAAUGCGGCAGCUCAUUGUGCGGCUUGGCUACUACAGGUCAGCGAAAAGGCUCGAUAUUUCAUGAACGAGACCACAUGUCAGCUACUCGCACUCGGCGCAAGCCUUCUUCAGGUCAACAAGCCGCUUGUCAAGACGCAGGGGGAUUGCCACCAAUAAAGCGAUGCAUGUAUACUUCCAGCCGUCGGUGCACCACGGAGCCUACACUAGAGCAACCUCAAGGGGAUUGUAUUCGGUCACCUGGGCGCGGGUAACUUCUAUAAAGGAGGCAACUUUCGCAAAGGUAGCGUUGCAGAUGGCGAGUUGAACGUUGCUCGAGGCAAGUCAUGGUGCUAGGGGCAGGUUCUGUGGGGUAGGUUCUAGGGAAGGAAGUGUUCAUAUGGAGAUAUACAGUGGGAGAAGAUUGAUGAGAAGGUAGAAUAUUGAGGUGCUU